UCGAGUUAUUCUUCCCGAUGUCGACGUACGUAUUUUUGUAAAAUAUUUUUAUUUUCUGAAUGAAUAUUUAUUCUUGUUAUUUUAAUUCAAAUAAAUAACUACGCCUUUUCGGGCACACAUAAUUGCAUUCUUUUUUUUAUUGCAACUACCCGAACAUUUUGGUCCCGUAACGAUUUACCGUCGUCACGUGGUACCAAAGGUUUUUAGAUAACAGUAUCAAUAUCUCAACUGUAAUCACGGCUGUAGAUAAUAACCGUGACCGGGGAAUGGGGAUCAUAAUAUUAUUAUUUAAUAUUUUUUCAUCAGUUAAUGAUAAAAAUUAUAAUAAUAUGAAAUAAUUAUUAGGUAGUAGGUAUAAAGUAGCUAGUAUUAUAUUAGUUUUAUUAAUAACCACUAACUUUUUCUUAUAAUUAUUAUAAUAGUGUACAACAUAUCGUACACCGCGUACCAAAAUAUCUUAGUCUGUGUUGUACUUUGAGAAUAUUAAAUUAGUUUUGAGAACGAAAUGUUCUUAAAAUCACUUUGCUCAUUAAACACUACGUGGUGCAGGAAAAUAUUUUUUUAUAAUAGAAUAUAUAGGACCAGCCAAACAACGAUUAAAUUAUACUGUACGAAUCCUAAACCAACAUGCAACAUUGGUACUAUUGGACACGUUGAUCAUGGAAAAACUACACUGACAGCAGCCAUUACUAAGGUGCUUGAAAAAGAUGGUCUAUCAAAAUUUGUAGAUUAUGAUCAAAUCGAUAAGGCUCCUGAAGAGAAAGCUAGAGGUAUAACUAUAAAUAUAGCACAUAUUGGUUAUGAAACAUUAAAGCGUAAAUAUGCCCAUGUUGACUGUCCUGGUCAUGCUGACUUUGUCAAAAACAUGAUCAUUGGAGCAUCUCAAAUAGACUGUGCUAUUUUGGUAGUGGCUGCUACAGAUGGUUCAAUGCCCCAAACUCGAGAACAUUUGCUAUUGAUUAAACAAGUUGGAGUACAACAUGUGGUAGUAUUCAUUAAUAAAUGUGAUAUAACAGAAAAUGAUGUUAUUGAACUUGUUGAACUUGAGAUACGAGAACUAUUAACAGAUUUUGGUUUUAAUGGACAUGAGAUUCCAUGUAUUUUUGGCUCAGCACUUCUUGCAUUAAAAGGUGACACAUCCGAACUAGGAGAACAGUCUAUACGAAAGUUAAUGGAUGUAAUUGACAAUAACAUACCAACUCCUAAACGUGACUUUACUUCUCCAUUUCUAUUGCCUAUAGACAAUUGUUUACUAGUACCUGGCCGAGGGGCUGUUGUUAUAGGUACAUUAAAGAGAGGAACUGUUUGCAAAAAUGAUAAGGUCGAGUUAUUAGGAUUUGAUGAAAAAAAAAUAACGAGUGUUAGUGAUAUCCAUGUGUUUAAGAAUUCGGUAGCAAGUGCCAAAGCAGGAGAAAAUGUUGGUUUAUUGUUAAGAGGCCUUAAGCCAAAAUUUAUACGUAAGGGUAUGAUAUUGUGCCCUAUUAAUACUUUGACUCUGAAAAAUCGUUUUAAAGCUACAAUUUAUUUUCUUCUACGCUCAGAGGGCGGACGGUCUAAACCAAUCACGUCCAAUUAUCAACAGCAAUUAUUCAGUCAUACGUGGAACAUUUUUUGCAGAAUUGAUCUGAAUUCAUCAGUAUCUAUGGUAAUGCCCGGAGAACAUGCUGAAGUUAUAAUAACAUUAUUAAAUAAAAUGAUUAUGGAUAUUGGACAACCAUUUACUAUACGAGAAAAUGGAAGAACAGUUGCUACUGGUAUUAUUAGUGAAGUUUUAUCAAAUGUACAUGUAUCUAAAAACAAUUUAAGUAAGGUGAAUGCAGAAAGUUAAUAAGUGAUACAAAAUGUAGCUACUCACUAUUUGUAUGUGUUAUUAAUGUUUACCAAUAACAUAUAUUUUAUAUAUACAUUAUACAUACAUACAUACAUGAACAUAAUAUAUCAGUUUAUGUUUAUA